CCAGGACGCGGCUCAGCCCUGAACCAUUCGACGACACUCCUGGGUCCUAUCGGUCCUUAUCCGACAUUCUAUCGCCAGCCCAUCCGUCAGCUCGAGGCCAGCUUAUUAGCAGAGGAAGAAUCCCCCCCCUUUUUUUUUCCUCUGUCCACAAGCCCCACCUCCCCGUCGCUGACCGCCGCUCGCCCUUGCAGUCCAUACCAUUGACGGCCCAAGCUCGUCCAUAACCACUGCUCUCCCCAUAACCCAACCACCUCGUCAAACCCGACACUAUGGAUUGGUCUGCUUCACAAUCCGAUAUCUACAUCCAGCACCAGCAGCACCAGCAGCAGCUCGCUGUCGAGCAGCACUUGCAAGCUUCACCGUAUUACCCCGGCACAAUCCAGAAUUUUGAGCUGAGCCAGCCAUCAGAGUUUCACCAAAGUCCCCGCCAGCACAUUCACCCCGCCAUGGAUACCCUGCCCUCCCAGGAGGCCCACCACCGGGGCGUGCCUAUGGACAUCCGUAACUCCUACGCCGAGCAAGUCCAAUUGCAGCAACAGCAGCAGCAGCAGCAGCAGUAUAUCGACAUGCAUCAGUCCCACUACGCCCAACAAGCUGCCCAGCAUGCCGUCCAACAGGCCGCUUUCCAUCCCAUGAUCAAAACCUCCUCCUUCGACAACAGCCAGACCAUCUACGAUCUCACCAACAACCCACCCAUCGAGAGCUGGUCGGCCGACUCUUAUCCGUCCGGCAUCAGCGAUGGUCAGCCCACCUAUUCGCAGGCCGGCUCCGACUAUAUGGCCUCCCAGGAGUCCCUCCAGCAACCCACCACACCCUCGUCCCUGACGGUUCCGGUUAACCCCAUGGAUGACCCUAACCUUUCCCAGCACCCCGCCAUAUCAAUGUCGUCGACUAGCGGGCCCCGCUCCCGAUCGUUUUCCCUUGGCACUGUAGGCGGCCUGAACAACUUCACCUCGAGCCAGUUCAGUGCCAUGCAGCCUUUCCAGCAGCAGUCUUUCCAGCAGCAGGUGUUCCAGCAACAGCAACAGCAACAGCAGCUGGCCCAGCACGAACAAGGACGUAUUGUCCAUCCAGAGCAAAUGUAUGUCCACCAGCACCCUCACGAACGUUCUGCCGUUCUCCUGUCACAAACUUCGAUGCAUCCCUCGCUUUUCCCUGCUCAACACGGCCCCACCCCAAUGUCGGCCAUCAAUAAUCCUGCUCCUGUUUCCAUGUCGGCCCUUGGCGCUCGUGCCGCCGCCACCCGGCCCAGAGCCAUGACCAUGCCCGGCUCUGUCCAGCCAUCGACUUUACCCUCUGCCUCCCCAAUCGAGUCCGCCCUCCGCGUGUCCGCCGAUCGCAACACUCUCUCCGGCGACGGCCAUACGCCCACUGCUGUCGACGGCGAGUCCUCGCUGUCUGGCCGCAAAAAGAGCCUCAAGAUCACCAGCAACCUUGCUCCCCUGGGCACCAAGCCCGGGGACGAUGUCUCUCUCGUCAGCCCCUUCCGUCCGCAGCUCGGCACCAACAACGCCCAAACCGCCAUCCUACUGCCAAUCGCCAUCCCCCGAGUGCGAAGCAAAGAAAAGCUGAGCGACGAGGAAAAAUGGAAGUUGCUCGACGAAGAUAUCCAAAAGGUCGAUGUCGAGGACGUGACCGUCAACGAGCUGAAGGAGCUGCUUAAGGUUCGCAGUCUUCCCAACACUGGCAAGAAAGCCACUCUGAUCGAGCGCCUUCAGGAGGAGAUGGCUGCCGCAAAGUCCCGCAACGAGGCCCGCCACAACGGUCUGUCGGUGGUCUGUCCACCUCCCCGUGGCCCCGAGGCGGCGACUGCCGAAGCUGCCUCCACGCCCAAUGCCGCCGCCCCUGCCCCUGCCAACACGCUCGACCCUAGCCAGUCGGUUGCUGCCCAGCAAGCCGCCCACAUGGCCAAUUCGCAGCCCAUCAUUUCCUUCCUCGAUCAGCCCAUGUCAGCCGGUCUUGCUGAGAUGCCUGGGACCAAGCCCUUUGGCGAAGCGACCGAUCCAAACGCCCUGGCUGGCAUGGCCGUCGAUGCGAGCGGCAACAACUUUGGCUCUCCCAAGGUGGCUCCCUAUCCUUCGCCCAUGGCGCUCUCCAACCGCCGCAAGAGCAUCGUCAAUGUGCCCAAGGCCAUUGUUGGCCGGCCACGAUCCUUCUCUGACUCGCGAGUCACACGGCCCUUGGCCCCCAGCCAUGCCUCGGCCAUGCACUCGGGCAUGCAUAUGCACUCGUCCUCGCCGCUGCAAAACUCGUCCAUCGUAUCCCCGCUGCCCGGCAGCACUACUGGAGCUGCUGGAGCCAAUGGCACCGACGUCGACCCGGCCAUGUAUGGCGCACAGAGUCAUUAUGGCGUCGGCGGCAUUCCCGAUAACGCCACUUUGUCCAUGUUUCCGACGCAAGUCUCGGUCAUGGCCGCUGCUCAGCAAGCCGGUCUCAUGCCCAACGGCUUUAGCGAGGCACAGCAAGCCCAUGACAUGCUCCAACAGCAGCAACAACAACAGCAGCAGCAACAACAAGCGCACCACCUUAACAUGAUAACCCCAUCUCCCUCAUUUCCCACUGAUACUGUUUUGCAACCAUCUCUCCAACAACAACAACAACAACAACAACAACAACAGCAGCAGCAACAACAACCUAGCCCCAUGUUCCAUCAGCCACAGGGCCAGCCCCUGCUCGAUCCCAACUUUGUCUAUCCUCAAGAGAUACUAGCCCAGCGACGCUUCUCAACAUCGGACCAGCUCCCACUCCAGAUGCAGCAAAUGCAAAUUGAUCAGCAAUCCUGGGCCAUGGGUAGGUUCUGGUGCUGAUCUGCGAACGAAACUGUCCGACCUCGUUACUGCGACCAUGUGGGCUCGCCGUCGAUGGAGGAAGGUGCGGCAGAUCCCCUCCCCUCUGGAUGUCGUGGUCUUUGUAUCCGUCCCGCGCUCAGUAAGCCU